AUGCCUGCUUUAGAAAUUACCGAAUCCGAUAAAAUCUACAAGAUUGUUAACGCAAGGCUUUUACUUGAACAUAAGAUUGUAGAGAAUUCAUACUUGUGGUUUCAAAAUGGAAAAAUCAUCCACCCUCAAAACCUGUUCUUUUCUGCUCGUCGUGAUGCUGAUGAGAUCAUUGACGCAAAGGGUCUUUUGGUCGUACCAGGUUUUAUUGAUACCCAGAUUAAUGGCUCUUAUGGUAUUGAUUUCGCUGAUCAUGAAGAACCUGUCGACGUCUUGAAAAAAAAUAUUGAUAAGGUUGCUAAGGGUCUUUUACAAUACGGUUGUACCGCUUUUUGUGGCGCAGAGAUUUUGGGUGCACAUCUUGAAGGACCUUUUAUUUCCGUUUUAAAGAAGGGAGCUCAUAAACAAUCUGUCUUUAAGGACGCAAAGAAUGGUAUCAAGGAUUUUGACGACGUAUAUGGAUCUGAGCUUUUAAAGGGUAGUCAGGCUGUAAGUAUCAUCACUAUGGCUCCUGAGAUUGAUGGUGUUUGUGACGCUAUUCCUGACCUUGUUGCACGUGGUAUUACUGUUUCAAUGGGUCACUCUGCUUGUCGUAUUGCUGAAGCUGAAGAGGCUGUAACCAAAGGCUCUACUAGCAUCACCCAUCUAUUUAACGCUAUGCAAGCAUUCCAUCAUCGUGAUCCUGGAUUGAUUGGUGUUCUCGGUGCUGCUGAUUUACCUAUCCCUAAAAAUGGAGCAUCCCAUCCUGAGGCUUCCAACACAUCCCCUGACCGUCAAAAACCCGAUCCUCGUCCUUUCUAUGGCCUUAUUUGUGAUGGUGUUCAUGUCCAUCCCAACUCUAUUCGUAUUGCGUAUUAUUCUCAUCCCACUGGAGCUAUUUUAGUCACGGAUACUUUAUCUGCUGCAGGCCUUCCCAGCGGCAUUUAUCAACUCGGAGGUAGUGAAGUAGAGGUUGUUGAGGAUGGUGCUGCUUAUAUCAAGGGUAGUACUACAUUAGCUGGUAGUACCAUCACCAUCGACCAAUGUAUCCGUAACUUCCAAAAAUUCACAAACUGUCCUUUGGUAGAAGCUAUUGAAGCAGCCACCCUUCACCCUGCACGUUUAUUAGGUAUCGAUAAGAAGAAGGGUACUUUAAACGUCGGUGGUGAUGCAGAUCUCGUAUUUUUGGAUGACUCUACAGGAGAGAUCGUUGUCAAGCGUGUCUUUGUUGCUGGCGAGGAAGUCAAGCGUUAA